UCCUCUUCUCAUUGCAAUGUGUUUUUAUUUCAGAUGACCUGACUGAGAACUGUUAACAACACCCUGACCCAUGAUAUACAAACUCAGAUGAGCAAGCAGGGAGAAAGAAAUCCAGCUUUAUUUCAUGGUGGUUAUGACUAGAGGGCUAACUUAACUAGCCUUCAUUACCUGUUCUUGAGCAUGUAUGGCCACUGUGUAAGAAAAAGAAAGAGAGAACAAAGUUAUUUAUAGAGAGUAACGAGAAUAUGCUUGCCUUUUCAUAGCUGGUGUAGUUUACAUUUGAGCCAGUUCUCUUUGUAUUGGGUUUCUGCUAAGAUAGGACACAAAUGAGCUAUAUAAUACGAAAGCAGACAGAGUUGUCACUAUGACGUGAUGUUUCUGGGAUAAGCUGACUCCAGGAGAAACAAGAUACAGUGAACAAAUUAGGAAGUUGAGAAAUGGAGAUCUGGCAGCAAAGGUGGGACUGUAGGGACUAGUGGUUAAAAUUGCUUGUGAGGUGUCUGAUGCAAAGGGAUUUAUUUAGUUGUAAGAAGUACACAUUCAAGCAUAUUUUCAGGUGGUCACAAAUAAAAGGGAAAGUUAGGCUUAUGCUACAAGGCCUGAGGCAGAAGAGACAAGUAAGAUGGCAUAUUAUGAUAAAGUUAAAUGUAUUUGUUCUUGGUGAUUCUUCUAUUGAGCCAAGUUACUGAAGGAAUGUGACUGCAAGAGCAGCAGAGCUCCUCUACCAUUUCUGGUUUCUUUUGACAUCUAGAGGAAGCAUACUAAAUUGAAUGUGAUGGGAGGGGUUGAAAGCAGUAGGGCCAUAUCCUCAUCAGGACUAUUUCCAGAAUGGAGUCUUGCCUUCUGGACUCUAUGUGCAGUAGCGGUGCCAGUGGUGCUCACCCUGUGGUGCAGCUUUCGGCGUUCCCGGAGGCAGGGUCUGAUGCAGGAUCUCUUGCGGAAGAAAAAGCAUGAUUGGCAGGACACAGACCUCUUCAGCCAGCCCACCUAUUGUUGCAUCUGCUCUCAGCAUAUCCUUCAAGGAGCCUUCUGCAACUGCUGUGGUCUAUGUGUGGAUGAAGAGUGCCUGAAGAAAGCGGACCGGCGUUUCCUCUGCAAGGAGAUCAUGAUGAAGGGUGAAGGUGGCAUUCGGACCUCUAUGGUACACCACUGGAUUCGAGGCAAUGUUCCACUCUGCAGCUACUGUGUUGUAUGCAAGCAGCAAUGUGGCACCCAACCCAAGUUGUGUGAUUACAGGUGUAUUUGGUGUCAGCAAACUGUGCACGACGAAUGUAUGCAGAACUCUUUGAAGAACGAGCAGUGUGAACUGGGGGAAUUUCGCAACCUCAUUAUCCCUCCAUAUUAUUUAUUCAACGUCAGUCAGAUGCGUAAAGACAAACAAAUGGACUAUGGCAAGCUAGCUGCUUCCUGUGGUGAAAAUUGGACUCCAUUAAUAAUUCUGGCCAAUACUCGGAGUGGAAACAAUAUGGGGGAAACAUUAAUGGGCCAAUUUAAGAUCUUGCUGAACCCAAUUCAGGUUUUUGAUCUGACCAAAACAACACCAGCGAAGGCGCUUCAGCUUUGCACCUGGCUGCCCUGCAGAUCAAUUAGGGUGCUUGUCUGCGGUGGAGAUGGUACGGUGGGCUGGGUCUUAGAUGCAAUUGAUGACAUGAAGAUUAAGCAGGGCCAAGAGCAGUACAUCCCACAGGUUGCCAUCUUACCCUUGGGAACAGGGAAUGAUCUCUCCAAUACCCUGGGCUGGGGUGCCGGAUAUGCCGGAGAAGUCCCAGUGGAGCAGAUUUUACGCAAUAUCAUGGAUGCGGAUGCCAUCAAGUUGGACAGAUGGAAGGUACAGAUUACAAAUAAAGGAUACUACAAUUUAAGAAAAUUAAAGGUCUUCACAAUGAACAACUAUUUUUCUAUUGGACCUGAUGCACUCAUGGCUUUAAACUUCCAUGCUCAUCGUGAGAAGUCUCCCUCUCUAUUUACCAGCAGGAUUAUUAACAAGGCUGUUUAUUUUUUCUAUGGAACCAAAGAUUGCCUUGUACAGGAAUGUAAGGAUUUGGACAAAAAGAUUGAGCUAGAGUUGGAUGGAGAGAGAAUUCACCUACCCAGUUUGGAAGGCAUCAUAGUUCUAAAUAUUGCCUACUGGGGAGGUGGCUGCCGACUCUGGGAAGGAAUGGGAGAUGAGCUUUAUCCUUUGGCAAGGCAUGAUGAUGGGCUGCUGGAAGUUGUUGGGGUCAAUGGCUCUUUUCACUGUGCACAGAUUCAGGUGAAGCUUGCCAAUCCUAUCCGGCUGGGACAGGCCCACACUGUGAGGUUGAUUUUGAAGAAUUCGAAGAUGCCAAUGCAGGUCGAUGGAGAGCCUUGGGCCCAGGGGCCUUGCACUGUUACCAUAACUCACAAGACCCAUGCAUUGAUGCUGUAUCACUCAGUGCAUCAAAUGAAUAGUGAGAGAUGCAAGAGCAUGCCUGUAGUCCCAACUACACAUAGAAGAUACUUAGUCUGUCAUGAUGUGAACCUGUCCCAGCAUGUCAAAGUAUGUGUCCCUGUCUGAUUUCUGUGUUUAUUUCUAUAAGUUUGCUACAGAAGAAGUACCAAAUAGAAUUCUUCGUGUUGAACUACUGAACCUAACAGUGAGAAUUAGAAAGCUCACUGAAUGCUGCCAUUCACUACUUACCCAAAAGGGGGUGCUCAUUACUAAUGUCCAGGUUUCAUGUGAGCUACUGUUGUCUCUAUGAGUGGCCAGUGACUCAAUUGCAUCACUUCAGGCUUGUUCCUUUGUCCCUCUGAGGCUGAUUUAUCUAUGACAAAUUGGAAACAUGCCCUAUUAGGAACCACUUGGGAAUUUCCUCUACAUGGAGAUUGCUCCCAUGGCACUUUGCUGCACUGCAGAAUGAGCAAUUGUAUGGGAAACACUGGGUAGCUUUUGCCACUCCCAUAGAAAGUGGCAUGGAGGAAUUCCAUUUUAUCUAGGUGAUUUAUGCACCUGGCUGAGCUACGCCACCAUGGUAGAUGUGUGGGGUGGCUGCUCCUUAAGUGCUGUGGCCCGCCAGGUGGAUGUACCUGGGAGAUUUUGCUCUUGGCUGUAGUGCUAACUGAAUCAGGAGUGAGGGAAAUGGGGGCUUCCAGAUGUGGUUGGACUGCAGUUCCCAUGAGCCCUAGCCAAAAAAGCCAUUAGUAAGGGAUUAUGGCAGUUGCCAUCCAGCAACACUUGUAGGGCUACAUGUUCCUCAUUUUUACACUAAACAGAAACUAGAAUUCAACCCAAAGUACCAGGAUGGUUGGUGCCCCUUGCCUCUUUGAAAAAAUGGGACUGGACAGUAACAAAACUGAACUGAAAUACUUCAAAAUUAUUAACAUAUACACAAAGAGAUGUCCAUACUAAUUUCCUUUUUAUCUUAAAUCUCAUUCAGUUCACAGUGUGCUUGCUGCAUUUUUACUUGAAUGUUUCCACCCCAGAUAUGGAAUUUAAUAUUGUUUACAUGUCCUUCAAGGGCUCUUCAUUAAUGCUGCGCACUGUCUUCAGCCUCCAAUUAAGCUUUUACUAGUCCAAGCCUGAAGUGAGUUUAAACUAAUUUAUGACCUCAAGGAAAUGGCACUUUAUGAACUUUUCAUUUGGGCUGGGAAUCAGAAAAACAUACAAAUGCACAUUGUCUUUUCUGGAUUUCUCUGAUUUUAAAAAGUAGUCGUUGGAUUGCAUAAAUACUUUGCUCUUAGAAUAAAGUGGUUGAUGCACUGAAGACUGAAAUCCUGAUGUUCCUCUUCCCCCUCUUCCUUAGAAAGAUUGGUAUACUAUUCUUUUAUACAAUGCUUUUUAAUGUCUUCAUGAAAAAGGAAGUCAGUAGGUAAUGUAGUUGUGCUGCUGUUGUCUAAUACAGUCUCUGUGAGCUACAACUCUUUCAAGCUUUAAAAUGUUACUUUAAAGUCCUGCUUGUGUUAUUCCUUUCUAACAGUGUUUAAUCUUUAGAAUAUAAUUAAGGUUUAUUCUGCCACUGACAUAAUUAAUUUCCCCUGUUCAUGCAUAACCAGAUUUAAACAACACGAGAAAUGGCAAGAAGCAGGAAUUCUUCUAAUGCUAGGUGCAUCAGGGGCCAAUCUGCUGCACAGAACUUGGCAGCCCUCCCCCCCCAGAGUGAACGAUAGGUGGGUUCUGGAGAUGAGGCUCACAGCUUGCUCAUUGUGCCCUUGGAAAUUUCAGGCCCAAAGCAUGGUAAGCUGACUUACAGUUCAACCCCAAAGGAUGAGCUUGUAAUUGCAAUCCUCUGCUCCAGUCCAGAGACGAACCAGAGACAGUAGAGUCACUGUUUGCAGGGUAAGGCAUUUUCUCUGAGCCUAGGUAGGCGUGUGCAUAUGAGCUCCCUCUAUUCAAACAAAUGGGGGGCGGGAGUUAUUCCUUGGCAUGCCCAUCCCUGUAUACAUUUUCUGCUUUGAAGUAGUACUAGUCUUUCAGCAUUAAAAAGCAUAUCUGUACUGAUUCACUGCAAUAGUUUUGAGGUUCCAGAUGAUGAUUAAAAGUAGAGAUUGCUUGGCUCUGUUGCCACCAACAAUCCAGUCCCCUCUUCUUCUACUUCUGUAACAUGUAGCACAGCAUGCUUUGUGUCAUUGCAAGGAGAUUUCCUUAUGGCAUCUGCUUCUAGCAGUAAAACAUUCUGCACAAUAAUGCAAAGAUACAAGAGACAUCUGAGUCAACAUUCCAGAGUGAGAGUGGGCAAGGGAACUCAGCGGAUCCCUGAGGCUACUUUCAAGAUGAGUUUUUAAAUAAGGAUAAUGAGUGUAUCCUUAUGUGUUCUGCAGAGCUGGGUUCAGCUUUAGCUGCUAUAAUAAUCAGACUAUUUUGAAUGAAAACCUUUGCCAUGAGUUUUCUAUUGGAUAUGAGAUACUCUGUUGUUCAUUAUAAGCACUGCAUCUUUCUCAGGUAUUUAUGUCUAUUUGUGUUGAAGUAUUUUGAUUACAGGUUGCAAUGUUUUAUGUUUUCUUAAUGCACAUGCUUUUAUUCGGGGUCUUUGUAUGGAAAUCCCCUGCUGUGUGUUUUGUCGAUAAUUCGGUGGAACAGAAUUACAGAGCGAGUGUCUAUAUAUAUAUAUGCUCAGUUCCCAUUGACAAAAAGUUUAUAAUGCCCCUGCUUGCUUUUCUAGAUGUGCUCUUAUCAGAUUAAUAAUAUUAAACAUAGAGGAUGUGUAAAAUUGUCAACAGCAUACAAGUAUUGACUGCUCUAUGAGAAGCUGUACUGUCAUAGCUGUGCUAAUUAUCUUGAACCUGGGCAUAGUAUAUAUGCUUCACAUAUUCCCCACUACCUACACCUGCUCAUACGGCUAAGACAAGUAAAAACUACAAAAUUGGGGCAAAGUACUAUACAUGCUUACCUAGAAGUAAGUCUUACUGAACUCAGAUUGAUAGGCAUAGGAUUGCAGACUAUGCUAUUGGACUCUGCCCUGUACAUUUUUGUGUGUUUCAGAACUUUCUGUAGUUCCAGUCAUUUCUAAACCCCUUGUAGCUGACAGGUGAAGAGUUCUAGAUGGCUCCUACUCCAUUCUUAAUCAGGUAGUAGAUUGAGUUUUUGCUCAUUUGCACCCUAUUCCUUUUAUGGAGACUGACCAGGCUGUAGGUUAAAAUGUAGGUUUUCCUGGAAACAGCGGUGAGUAUUCCAGGUGAAGUGUUAACAUUGAGCAAUAUCUUGUAUAGAAUCUGCUGUCACAACUAGAACCAUCUAUGGUUUUAUUUUCAAACCACAGACUGUCCAGCUGGUCAUUUUACUCCUAUUUUAAAACUAUUUUUUUAAAUCGAAUGUGAGUUGCCAUUGUGGAAUAUACCUAAUGUAAACAACUCUGAUGUCUGUCAUAAAGAGGAGCAACCAGGAACCCAGUUGUUUUAGGGGAGUGAGAUGACAUGUGUGAGGAGUCCUGAAGUUCAGGACAAAUCUGAAACAAAUGUGACCUGUUACAUUGUAUUGAUGUAAUGCCUAAUUCUGAAAAGUAACCCUCUGGGUUGGUCAGAAUUUACCACUUCCAUAUUGCAUACUUUCACUUCAAUCAAAGACUCAUUAGGAAGCUGCCCAGAGUGGUAGAAUAUACCAGAUGGGCGGGAUAUAAAUCAAAUAAAUAAAUAAAAUAAAAUAAAGCCACUACCUUCUCAACACUUGCCUACCUGUUACUGUAUGGAGAUGGCUAAACCCAGUUGAGUCAAAGUAAGGCCAAACAUUUAACCUGCCCCCCCCCC